UGACACUAUACGACCAUGUCUGGCCACUUGGAGGACGCUGCCAUACAGGCGGCCGAGACGAUUCAGACCGCGCACAUCAACCACAACCCAACCAGGCACGACCUCGCACCACAAACCUCGGUCGACUCCAAGAUCCCCGUCGAGUUCGAUCGCUCUGGUGAUGUUGCCUCUGUCGCCGAUGACGUUGGCGAGGACGAAGUGCCCUUGAGCAUAUUGCGCCCACUGCCCGAUGAAGAGAGACAUGCGCCGAGACAUUUGCAAUUGCCCGAUCUUCGAUUUGAGCAAAGCUAUCUAAAGAGCAUCGAGAAGGCUGAGGAUUGGAGAAUGGUGGUAUACAUCACAAUGAAGGAUCAGGUCCUCAUGCCCCUGGUUCAAGGCCUGGCGUGGUCAUUGAUCGUGGCUGGGUGGCGGCAUUGGAACGCUUCUGCCAAGUUCUCUGGUCAGACAAUCGGCGCUAAGAUACGGAGAUGGUGGUGGUAAGUCGCAAUGUCUGCUCUCCGACUUGGCCAGCAUCUCCCCUUGUGUCUGUUCACGGGCUCGUCUCGAGGCUGCAGAACGCCUUGUCUUCGACGACUGUUCUGGGAGUGAAGGAUCACUCGUAUCAGGGAGUAUUGUCCGAUUUGCCCACGCAUCAGGCUAGGGCUUGGGCCUCGCUGUGGGAUAACAUCGGUGGCUUUGUGAUCGAUGGCGGAUUCCUUUAGUCACCACAUUGCUUUGAUCCCAUAUUUCAGAAACCAUGUGUACCGCCAACGGAA